AGCUGGCCCGCUAUCGCGCUGUCAAAGUCCUUUCCUAAUUGCGCAAUUCGCGUUCUUACCGGAUUUGUUUGAUGUCCCAUUUCCGGGAAUUUGUUCUAUUUUCGUCCGCACAGUCGCCUUGCCAAAGUGCCGUCUAAUGACAUCACCGUUUGUUGUGAUUUCGGCACCGUCGGAAGAUCCUGAACCCGUGCCCGCCCCCAUUGCGCAGGAAGCAGAGUCCCACGUUGACAUGCUGAGCCGAGCAGCUGCCGUCGCGGCCGCGAGCGUUUCGUCAGUUCGCCUAGCAGCGUCCGCGAGUGCACGUCAGGUCCGCGACAGGAGGAGAAGUAGCACCCAAGCUCGGGAAGCCAUGAAGUAUAUUUUAGUGACGGGCGGCGUGAUAAGUGGCGUCGGGAAGGGAGUGAUAGCGAGCUCCUUCGGGACCUUGCUCAAGUCGUGCGGGAUAGACGUGACCUCGAUCAAGAUCGAUCCGUACAUCAACAUCGACGCUGGGACCUUUUCGCCCUACGAGCACGGAGAAGUAUACGUUCUAGACGAUGGCGGCGAAGUGGAUUUGGAUCUCGGAAACUAUGAAAGAUUCUUGGACAUCACAUUGCACAGUGAUAACAAUAUCACAACAGGCAAAAUUUACAAGCUCGUCAUUGAAAAAGAGCGUGCUGGGGAGUAUUUAGGCAAAACCGUACAAGGUAAGUUGGAACUCAUUCAAAAACCAUUGCCGACAUCACCAAAGCUCUCUCAUUUCCUUCCAGUUGUUCCACAUAUCACAGAUGCCAUCCAAGAAUGGGUUGAACGUGUAGCUCAGCGUCCUGUUCGCGGCACAAAUAAGCCACAAGUUUGCAUAGUUGAACUGGGCGGAACCAUUGGCGAUAUCGAAGGAAUGCCAUUCGUUGAAGCUUUUCGUCAAUUUCAAUUUCGUGUCAAACGUGAAAAUUUCUGUGUUGCUCAUGUCUCUCUGGUGCCAAUGCCCCGUUCCACUGGUGAACCGAAAACCAAACCGACCCAAAGUUCAGUUCGCGAAUUGCGAGGAUUGGGCUUAGCUCCUGAUUUGAUUGUUUGUCGAUCCGAGAAACCUAUUGGGCAAGAGGUUAAGGACAAGAUUAGUAAUUUCUGUCAUGUGGCACCUGAACAAGUAAUUUGUAUCCAUGAUUUGAGCUCGAUUUAUCAUGUCCCGUUGCUGAUGGAAUCACACAAUGUUAUAGAGUUUUUGAAUCAGAGACUGCAACUACAUAUCCCGAUGGAGCGACGUGACAAAUGUCUUCAAAAGUGGAAAGACUUAGCCAGACGAUCCGACACCCUACACAAAGAAGUUAACAUCGCCCUUGUCGGUAAAUACACCAAACUCGAAGACGCAUACACAUCAAUUUCGAAAUCUCUUCAACACGCCUGCAUAGCGGUUGGCUACAAGCUAAACUUGCGAUACAUUGAAGCUUGCCAUUUGGAACAACAAACCCGCGAAAAUUCCCCUUCUCUUUAUCACGAGGCGUGGCAGAAACUCUGCACCAGCAAUGGUGUCCUAGUACCUGGUGGAUUUGGGUCCCGUGGAAUGGAGGGCAAAAUAGUAGCGUGUAAUUGGUGUCGUGAGAAGAAGAAGCCAUUCUUGGGCAUCUGUUUAGGUUUACAGGCGGCAGCGAUUGAGUUUGCACGAAACGUCCUGGACAUGAAAGAUGCCAACUCGACAGAAGUUAAUCCGAAUACCACACAUCCGGUGGUAAUCGACAUGCCUGAGCACCAUCCUGGACAGAUGGGAGGUACCAUGAGACUGGGGCAACGUGUUACUACUUUCUCUUCGGAACACAGCAUUAUCAAAGAGUUGUACGGAAAUCCGGAACAUAUUCGCGAACGGCAUCGUCACAGGUAUGAGAUCAACCCAAAAUACGUGAACCAAUUUGAGGAGAAAGGACUUAAAUUUGUUGGAUACGAUGCUGAACAGACACGUAUGGAAGUUAUGGAGCUGAAAGACCAUCCAUACUAUGUAGCCACACAAUAUCAUCCCGAGUACUUAUCACGACCCCUGAAGCCUUCCCCGCCAUUCUUAGGAUUCAUCCUAGCAUCAGUUGGCAAACUGCAAAACUAUAUCAUGCGCGGUUGUAGGCUGUCACCGCGACAACAAUCCGACGUGAGUUCUGACGAGGAAGAGAUCUUGUUGAAGAGCUUGAAAAUUAAUAAUACAAAUAGUGGAGAGAAGAAGAAUUUCUUGAGUUCGGCUGACGUUAAGGAGCAGAAUACAUUUAAUAAUUCGAAUGGACAUGUUAGUAAUGACGAGGAGCCGAGUAAUUGAGGGGAAUCCUUUUAGAUUGACGAACAGUAUGUGCAAAUGCAAUAUUCUGCCCUUGGACUAAGGCGCUAGGCGUGUAUGGUUAGGAGAUAGGAUUGUAAUAGAAACUAUUUUAUUAUUAUAUUUUUAAGUGAAAAGGAUAAAAAUGUUCUUAUUCCACAUUUCAUUGUUUUUACAAUAAAAUUAUCUCGAAACUAAA